AUGGCUUUACUGUCACUGCUGUUCGUGCUUGUGCAAAGCCUGAUCCAGUACCCCCAGCCAGCUGGGGAUGGGCUGGAUGAGGCCACACACCAGAGAAUGUGUGAGCAUCAGGAGCUACUGGACCGUGAGAUGGCCCGGCUGCUGCAGGAGCUGGAGCAGGGGCCCCUGGAGCAGCAGGACGAGGGCUGGGGAGCCGUGCUCUUUGGUGCCCUGCAGCAGUGGCCAUUCUGGGUUCUUGCUGGUGUCCUGCUCCUCUUGGGCCUGUGGUUGGGCUGCAGGAGAAGGAGCUGUGAGGCCAGAAGCAGCAGCAAGGACCAGAGCUCCUGCAAGACUUUGGGAGAUGAGAGAAUAACUGAACAGGAAAAAGACACCGCUGAUCCAGAGGAAGGUGGAGAAGACGGUGAUAUGACUCUGGAGGCAGAUGACAGCGGCACUGAAAAUGACAGAGAAGGCAGUCCUGUGGCUGCAGAUGACGGAGAUAAGGAUGAUGCCAUUGAAGGCAAUUAUGAUGUGAAGAUGAACAAAGACAGCGAUGUCAACAGUGGCACUUAUGAUGUCAAGGAAGACAGCGAUGUUGGCAAUGGCUAUGACUUAAAGAAAGAAGGACAGAGUGAUAGGGAUGUGCCAGGAGACACUAUCGCUGAAGGAAAUGAAGAAGAACCUGGCAAUGUUGCUGGUAAUAAAGAUCUAGAUGAGGCAAAUGAAGGAGAAAACAAGGAUGUGCAGGUGGACCAAGACAAGGACACUGGAAAGGAAGAAGGAGAAGGAAAUGAAAAAAAAACCAAUAGUGCGACUAUAAAGGCAAGCAACAACACUGAUGUAAAUGAAGGUGAAGACAAUGUAGAUGGAACGAAAGAAUACAUGGAUGUGAAGGUGCAGGAAAGCAGAGGUGCCAAUGACCAGAGAAGCAAAGACUGGACUGGGCAGGAAGAUAGCAAUGAAUGUGGGAAUGAAAUUGCCCACAGUGGUUUUCCUGCACCUGAGGAAGCAAAUAAGGAUGUGAUAGAAGAAGAUGGCAAUGAUAGAAACAAGGAUGAAGAACAGGCUGAUGUGAAUGUGGAGGGAAACAAGAAUAAGGAUAGACAAGAAGAGGAACAAGGUAAUGUGGCUGCCAGUGAAAAAGGUGGCAGUGAUGGUGGCAGGGAAGAAAGUGCCAGUGGUGGACUUGAAGACAGAGAAGACACCCAAGAUGCUGGGAAUGAGCAGGACAUCCUUUUAGUGGAUGGUAUAGAGUGGCCUGUGGAGGACCUGGAGAGAGGCUGCUCAGUGAUAGCUGAGCUGAUGGAGAGCUUCACGCGUGUCUUUGUGGACAGCGUGAGCAAUAGCUUCAAGCCUGUGCCUCAAGAAGCCAUUGGGGUGGGCAGCGCCUUUGAGGGCUGGAGUCCCCAUGAGUGGGAUGGGGUGUACCAUGUUCUGGUCCCACUGAAUCCCCCGCCAGGGCACACCUUCCACCUAGAGCCAAACACUGCAGGGCAGAGGGCAGCAAGGACCUUCAGCGUCCGUGUGGAGCUGGUGUGUACAUGCGAGAGGGAGCAGCUGGGCGAGAAGCUGUUGUGCCUCCUGCACCACUCGCAGGAGGAGCUGCGGCGGAAGCAGCAGCGCAGCCUCCUGGAGACACUCUGCACCGUCUCCUACCUGGAUGUGGAGAAAACCUCCCACUGGUUCUUCCAGAUGGUGAGAUGCUCGUGGCUGCAUGUGCCUCAGUCAUACUCAUGGCACUUGGUGUUUCAGCCCUGCAGCUGGUCCUGCCAAUUCCAGCUGAGCAGAGGCAAGAGGACCCUGUCAGUGGAGAUGCUUUUUGGUGUGCGCCAAGGGGACUCUGACAUCUUUGUGGUCAACCAGCCCACAGAGGCCCAGAAAGGCAACUCCAGUAACCUCGCAAGCACAGCGUGGCCUGAGACAUUCGCUGUGGCAGAAGCAAAAUUCUUCCAGCACAUUGCCAGGCAGAUACCGUGUAAGAGGUUGCACCUGAAAUACCUGCAGCUCUUCACCUGCAUGCUGAGCGGCACAGGUUUUUCCACCUCUACCUGGAAGACUCUGGUCAUGCACGUGUUAAACAUCAUACCGCAGGUCUACUGGCACAGGAAGGAAUUUCCACUGCGGCUGUGGGACAUCAUGGUGUUCCUGAAGUUCUGCCUGAAAUGGAAACACCUGGGCCAUUUUGUUCUAGGCAAUGAGAAGCUUCCUGCAGAGAUCAGCUUGCCGCCAGCAAUGCGAAAGGUUGAGCCGCUCAACCUCUUUGAGUACCUGGCCCGAGAUCCAGAUGCCCACAGAAAGGUGAUGGAGGCUUGUGAGCAGCUGUACUUUCGCCUCUGGAUGCUGCUCUCCAACACUGAGAGGAGUUCCCUGCACAAAGCUCUGAUGGAGAAGUUCAUAGCUGAUUGCUGCGAUGUGGACUCUUUGUGA